CUCUCCUUAGCUGACAUUAUAGAGCUUUGAAAGAAAGGUUGCUGGUUCGAAUCCCGAGCCGACUCGGUCCAAAAUCUGUCGAUGUGGCCUUGAGCAAGGCACUUAACCCUAAUUGCUCCUCUAUGUCACUCUAAGAGCAUCUGCUAAAUGACUCAAAUGUAAAGAUGCCGUAUAUUUUCUCUAAGGAUAUACACACACACACACACACACACACACACACACACACACACACACACACACACACACACACACACUGGAAAUAAUGUUAUUCUGUCAGUAUGUCACAUCCAUAUUGAACAUGUCUGAUCACGCCUUCCAUAGCCGACGUGAGCAAGACCUUUAAACAGAUGAACAUUCACAAGGCCGCGGGGCCAUACGGAUUACCAGGGCUUGUACUCAGAUGCACGGACCAACUGUCAAGUCGAUUCACUGACAUUUUCACCCUCUCCCUGACCGAGACUGUAAUACCCACGUUUCAAGCAGACCAACAUAGUCCCUGCGCCCAAGAAUGCGAAGGUAACCUGCCUAAAUGACUACCGCCCCGUAGCAUUCACGACGGUAGCCAUGAAGUGCUUUGAAAGGCUGGUUAUGGCUCACGUCAACACCAUCAUCCCGGAAACCCUAGACCCACUCCAAUUCGCAUUCCGCCUCAACAGAUCCACAGAUGAUGCAAUCUCAAUCGCACUCCACACUUCCCUUUCCCACCUGGAUAAAAGGAACACCUAUGUGAGAAUGCUGCUCAUUGACUACAGCUCAACGUUCAACACCAUAGUGCCCACAAAGCUCAUCACUAAGGUAAGGAUCCUGGGACUAAACACCUCCCUGUGUAACUGGAUCCUGGACUUCCUGACGGGCCACCCACAAGUGUUGCGGCACACAAUUGGGCCAGCGUCGUCCGGAUUAGAGUUUGGCCGGGGUAGGCUGUCAUUGUAAAUAAGAAUUUGUUCUUAACUGACUUGCCUAGUUAAAUAACGGUUAAGUAAAAUAAAUAAAUAAAAAUGUGGUAAGGGUAGGCAACAACACAUCUGCCAUGCUGAUUCUCAACACGGGGGCCCCUCAGGAGUGUAUGCUCAGUCCCCUCCUGUACUCCCUGUUCACCCACGACUGCGUGGCCAGGCAAGACUCCACCGCCAUUAAGUUUGCUGAUGAUACAACAGUGGUAGGCCUGAUCAUCGACAAUGAUGAGACAGCCUAUAGGGAGGAGGUCAGAGACUGCCAGGACAACAACCUCUCCCUCAAUGUGAGCAAGACAAAGGAGAUGAUCUGGGACUACAGGAAAAGGAGGGCCGAACAGGACCCCAUUAACAUUGACAGGGCUGUAGUGGAGUGGGUCAAAUGUUUAAAGUUCCUUGGUGUCCACAUCAUCAACAAACUAUCAUGGUCCAAACACACCAAGACAGUCGUGAAGAGGGCACUACAAAGCCUAUUUCCCCUCAGGAGACUGAAAAUAUUUGACAUGGGUCCCCAGAUCCUCAAAAAGUUCUACAGCUGCACCAUCGAGAGCAACCUGACCGGUUGCAUCACCGCCUGGUGUGGCAACUGCUCGGCAUCCGACUGUAAUGCGCUACAGGACCUAUAUUCCAGGCGGUGUCAGAGAAAGGAUAAAAAAAUAUCAGACUCCAGUCACCCUAGUCAUGGACUGUUCUCUCUGCUCCCGCAUGGCAAGCGGUACCAGAGCGCCAAGUCUAGGUCCAAAAUGCUCCUUAACAGCUUCUACCCCCAAGCCAUAAUACUUCUGAACAAUGAAUCAAACGGCCUAUUUACAUUGACCCCCCGCUGCUACUCGCUGUUAUUAUCUAUACAUAGUCAGUUUACCCCUACCUACAUGUACAAAUUACCUCGACUAACCAGUACCGCCACACAUUUACUCGGUACCGGUACCCCCUGCAUAUAGCCUCCUUAUUGUUACGUAAUUAUAUUAUGUUACUUGUUUUAUUUUACUUUUAGUUUAUUUAGUCAAUAUUUUCUUAACUAUAUUUCUUGAUCUGCAUUGUUGUAAGUAAGCAUUUCACAGUAAAUUUCGGCUCAAUUGACAAACAAAAUUGGAUUUGAUUUGUAUUCUAUGUCACCCUUCAACAACAGUUCAAUGCUGAUGAAUUUGUUGUGUGCUGACUGUGU